UGGAGGCUCAGUGUACCUUAGCAACCAUGGAGGACGAACUUUCCCCGACAGAAGAAAAAGACAUGGAUGUCGGCGAAGAGCAAAAAUUCCUCUAUAACCGGAUCGAAGAACUUAAGAGUCUUAAUGCAGCCCUCCUGGCAGAGAAUGACAUGUUUGAACGGUUCAUCAGCCGUCUAGACCCACAAGACCUAGUAUCUCAGGCUGUUGCAGAGGAUCCAGGGGCAGCAGGAGCAUCCCAGCCAGAGGUUGGAGGUCGUGGAUGGAGGCGGAAGUCUCGGGCCAGCAUAGUAGAUCGCAUCCAGCAGCUAACCCUGGAACAAAAACUUUAUCUGGCACAAAACGAAGUGACGGAGACACAACAAGACCAGGAGAAACUCAGACGGAAAUAUGAAAAAAUCCAGGAUAACUACAUGACAUCUCUGGAAGAAGCAGAAUUGCGCCUUGGAGAGAUUAAGAAAGCCAUGAAUGAGCUUGAACGCAGACUGCUCAAACCUCUGAAGGACAACAGAUUAGAAAUAAAUGACCCUGAGAAAAUGCUGCAGUUUAUCAAAGACAAGUCAAAGAUCAACCAGUUGGAGAAGUAUAGUCUGAAGAACCAGGCACUGAAAGCCCAUGAGAAGAAGCUCCAGCAGCAGCUCCAAAAAAGACGAGAAAUGGGAAAAGCCGAGUAUGAGGAAAUCCUCCAGGAGUUCAGUGAGCCUAGAAUUGAUAAAAAUCUGGAUGAACUUCAAAUCAUCAGUUCAAAAGUACAACGUGUGCUCAGUUCACAUAAGGAAAUGCUGCAGAAGGUGACAUGUGAGUCAUCAGAGCUGAGCAGUGACAUCAUCAAAAAGAAACAGAUACUGGCAAAAACUGAAGAGGCAAUACAACGUGCUGAGGAGGAACGUUUAAAAGCACAGCUCUUCAACCAACAUCUGCACCGCCAGAUGACAGAUUAUCAGGCUCCUAGUGUCACUGAAUACAUGUAUGUCAAGGACAAACACAAGAAACUGAAGCACAGUGUUCACACUUGGGAGAGGAAAGUUGGAAUUGCUGAGAUGGCCUUGAAGACCCACAGUAAAGCCUGGAACAAUCAGAGAAGCACUCUCACUCCUAUGAACAGUGCUGAGGCUGGAACGAGAUUUAGGGGACACCAAAUCUCAGUAAAGCUCCCUUAUAUCGCAGAAGAUUGCAUGUAGAGGAGGAAAGGAGAACACUACCAAAAUGAGUGAAGAAAACAUUUAAGAGUCUGAAAAUAAAGAAUGAAAGAAAACUUUGAUUCCCAAAUGCUGAUUCACAAUAUUGGAUCUUAUGUUGAUGUUUACAAUGAUUUGACUAUUAGUUAGCGUGAUAGAAAAUAAAAA